AUGGUCAUUGCUACGGUGCUCAGGCGAGGAGAGAACAGCUAUGAGGAUUUAACGCAAAGAAUCGACACACUGCGAAAACGAAUAUUAGACUUCCAAAUUGAAGCCGCUGCUUCGCUGGACAUCGAAGGUCUCAUUAGGAAGCGUGCAGACAUUGUCAAGGAGGGCAACAGCAUUGUCGGUUGCCUCGGUGAAGGGGCUCCGAUUCUUGAAUGGGGAGAGUUCCCAUCAAGUGGGGCCUCAUCGUUCGCCCAGGAUAUAGCUUGCCUAUCAUCUAUAAGGCGGUCAGUAGAGAGGAGUCGAGCCACUCUGGCUUCUCCUGAACCGGUGGAGAGCGAGAACGUCAUUGGCGUCAUGGCGGUGGCCACUGCAUUGAAGAGGUUGGGCGCAGCCAAACUGGCUCGAGAUAUAGAGUUGAGAGAGAGCUCAAUAGUUCAGGAGCAACCACUCCCCUCUGUGGACGGGGCACUGGAGCAAUUCGAGGAGGAUGUGAAGUCACUGAGGAGGUUUGAUCAGGUCGAUCGACAAUGUCAUGUCUUCAUGGACGGGGUAGGAUCGGACGUACAUAGGAAACCUGAAAAUGACCAUCCCGAAUCUGAAGUUAUCUCCGAGCCUUCUGUGGAAGAUGAUGUUAGUGAGGACCCCACUGAAUGCCAACCAUGUGAAGGGGAGUCGGAGAGGAACGAAGACGUAGGGGUAGCGGUAGAGUCGCCAGUAGUCCAAAGUAGAGUUGAGCGCAUGAAGGAGGAUAUGGUCAAACGGAUAGCCGAGCAGAUUGUGAAGGCACAAGCUGCUCGGCAGAAUAAGGAUCAAGACGACAAUGUGCUAAGUGAAUACUUACAGUCGACUCCUGUUGGACGUGCAUCGUGCUAUGGCACGGGGGAGAGUACUGAGGGUGAGAGAGGCAAGCCGCCCUCGGAGGUCAUCCAUUGUGAAUCCUCGAGUCAAAGUCAGCUGGACAUCGGCGGUGGUGGUGUACUGACAGAUUGGCUCGGAAAUGACAGUUCAACCGGAGGGGAAAUGCUGGACACUGAAGAUCUAAUGGAUUAUCUCCCACCUCUAGCCGACAGCGCUCUACCAAUGAACCUCACAAUCAAAACGACAGCCUCAGAGGAGUUGGACAAGCUGGCAGACCUGCGGGGGAGGCUGGCACUGGAGGCUCGUCGGGAGGAGAAGAGGAAGGAAGAAGAGGCUAGACGCCUUGCUGUUGGCAGGCGCGAGAUGAUCAAAGUGGCAGCCAGUGAGGAGAGGGAAACUGUGAGAAGGAAGGCGGUCCAAGGAAGGGCUGAGGAGAACCCAAAUUUGCCAUCACCGGUGCGUCGAGCUAAGCAGCGGCUAGCGAAGUCGUUGAAGAUGGAGGCUGAGCGAAGGCAACGGGAGGAAGAGGAGAAAAGCAAAACACAGGCCGAAAUAUUCAGAAAGCGCGACGAGAGGAUUAACAGAUAUUUGGCAAGGCAGCGAGAGAAGCUCAAAAGGGUGCCCGAGAGGAAGCCAGAGAGGAGGACCCCAGUGGCGUCUCGGAGAUCAGCACCUCCCGACUAUUCCCUCACCCCACCUAAGACGUUGCCAUCUUAUAAGGCCUCAAGGCCUUGGAUUGCCAAUGAAGCUAUUGGUGCCGCCUCUCCUGUUGACGGUCGAGUGUUCCUCAGUGAGGCACAAGCGAGGGACUUCAAUCGUGCCGUGGUGGACCCCAUCAGCCCAGUUGAGGAGGUGCCGAGGUCGCCCCGUCUGCCUGACUCCCUUGCAAGCAGCGAAUCUGUGGAUAUUGAGGAUGAGAGCGAGCUCAUCGACGAUCUUCUCAUCGGCAUCUGA